CAGGUGAAGGGGCCAAAAGGAUUAGCAUAUCUGAAGCAGCAAUGUGGGGGAUGGCGCGCAUCGAUGAGUGGAAACCGGUGAUCGCAAUGCUAGUCUUUGAUCUCAUCUCUGCUGUCACAACAGCCUUGAUCAAGAAGGCGCUGCAGGAGGGUCUCGACCGUCUAGUACUCAUCACGCUUCGUCAACUGGUGGCCACAGUCUUCCUUGCUCCGAUCGCCUAUUUCAAAGAACGGAGCACAAGGCCUAAGCUCACACUGGAGAUACUUGUGUACCUCUUCUUCAGUGCAGCGUUUGGCGCCGCUCUCUCUCAGUACACCUUCUUCUACGGGCUGCAGUACACGACCGCAACAUUCGCCAUAACUUUCACCAACAUGGCUCCUGUGCUCACUUUCCUCAUUGCAGUCUUGUUAAGGGUGGAGUCACUGAACAUGAGGAACAAGGCAGGAGCUGCAAAGAUAAUUGGAACGCUAAUGUCCUUUGCCGGUGUCAUGCUCCUUACCCUCUACAAGGGUGUGGCCUUGACACACCAAGUUGAGCCUUCAGAGAGCCCAGACCACCAUGCAGGCAAGAAGAGCUGGACCCUGGGCACGUUAGCAUUACUGGCCAACUGCCUGUGCUUCUCCUUCUGGCUUCUACUUCAGUCCAAGCUCACCAAGAAGUAUCCGGCACUGUACUCCAGCACCGCUUACAUGUUCCUGAUCAGCUCCCUUCAAGGCGGGAGCCUGACGGCGGCGAUCCAAAGGCGAGCUUCGGUGUGGAUUCUGACAAGGCCAAUGGAGAUCGUUACAGUCUUAUAUACAGGAAUUAUGGGGUCUGGAGUGGGCUACGUAGUGAUGACAUGGUGCGUCGAGAAGAGAGGGCCGGUGUUCACUUCAGCCUUCAUUCCUAUCAUUCAGAUCAUGGUUGCCAUGAUCGACUUCUUCUUUCUCCAUGAGAAUCUCUAUCUUGGAAGUGUGCUGGGAUCCAUACUCAUGAUUCUGGGCCUCUAUAUUCUGCUGUGGGGAAAGAAGAGGGAUGCCUCGGAAGCAUCAUCAUCUGCCAAGGAAGCGGAGGAGGACAAGGAGAAGCAAGUCCAAUCAUGAUGAGGACGAACCACAAAAUAUAUUCUUUCUAAAACAAUCCAUGAGGACCAAAAUACACAAUUCUUGGAUUGUGAUACACGACAUACGGAAUUUCCCGCUUGCUCUCCUACUCCUAGAUGCAAAUACUAAGGGGGAUGGUAUAUAAUAAUUCUGCUAGUAUUUGUUUUUCUUUGUGGGCAAAUUAGUACUUGUGCUGUUUCCUCUAAGAAAAUAACAUAGUACUUGUGUUUCCCUCCAUUAAAAAAAUAGACUUGUCUUUUAGCAUGUU